UAUUGCUGGCAAAAUGUAUUCUACAAAAGUGUUGUCUUUAACAAAAGUAAUAAGCGAAAAUGCUCUAUGUUCAUCUCGAAUUCUGACAAAUAAUAGCUUGAAUUCUGACUCGCAACAAUCAAGAAAUAUUUUGAAUACAUCGAGAAGCUUAUUAAAUAAAAGGGUAAAUAGAGGGUACGCGAAAAAACCGAGUAGCGAGUGUAGGAAGGCUUGUGUUGACAUACCACGGGAGGUGGACUCCGUAUGUGGUGAACCGUGCGAGAGAAAAAUUAAGAAAAAGCAGGGCAUCUUACAUAAGAUUAAACUCAAAAUCAUCGAGGGAGGCACCAAUUUUGGGACGCCAUUUCGCCGUCUCCAAUGCCCGGACAAAGUGUGCAAGGAAGUGGUGGUCCCUGAACCGAAGGAGUUGCCGGAUCCUGUGCCCAAGCCGACCGCUCUACCGGCGCCUCGGCCUGGUCUCCAAGUAUCAGUGUUAGGUGCUGACACUAACUUGGGACAGUAUGUGGCGUUGCUACUCAAACAGUGUCCCUGUAUAAAAAAAUUGCGUUUAUAUGAAGCGAAGGAUACGUCUUGUUCGGAAUGUAACCGGAACUUGUGUGAAGUGGUGCAUGACCUGCAUCACAUCGACACCAACUGUCUCGUGGAGGCUUUCAGCUGCGCGCGCUGUGAUCUUCAACGAUGUCUUCAGAACUCUGAUAUCGUAUUGUUAUUGGAAAGUGGGAGCGUGUCUAUGGAUAUGCCAAUAGAGAACCGUUUUAACUUUCAAGCGCCAAUUGUAAAAGCCUACGCCGAUGCCAUUGCCAAGGAAUGUCCGAACGCCUUUAUCAUUGUUUGUACUACUCCAAUAGAAUGCAUGGUGCCAUUAAUUGCUGAGACUAUGAAGGAGACAGGCUGGUACAAUCCUCGAAAGUUGUUGGGCUCCUUAGCCGUACCAGAGAUGCGUGCAAGCACCCUCGCGGCUCGAGCCCUGUGUUUGGAGCCCUAUUAUGUGCAUGUGCCGUGCGUUUGUGGAACUGAAGGGCCCACUUUGGUGCCGUUGUUUUCGAAAGCAUUGCAGUACUUUAAUUUCAGUGAGCAUAACGCUGAAAUGCUGACACGUACAAUACGAAGCGCUGCAUCCGCUGUAGCCAGAGCAGAUGGCACAUGUAUAAGAACCGCUGAGCUAAGCGAAGCACAUGCUGUGGCCGGACUUGUUGCUAAAGUAGCUUGGGCCUUACUGUGCAAGGAUGUACCAAGAGUAUCUGGAUUUGUUGAAACUGAUCCGGCGCAAGUCGUUUCUCCUGCAAGAUUCAUAGCAAAUGCAGUCGAGAUCACCGGCUCGGGAAUCACCAAGAGCCUUGGAUUACUGAAAAUGUCGGAUUUAGAAGUGACACAAGUCGACCACGCCCUAAAUAAGCUUUACUUCACACAGAAGAUGGUAUACAAUUGGUAUUGCAAGUACUCUAGCUCGACAGAAAAACUUGAUGCGUGUCAAACGCAUUUCUUCAAUCCGCAAAUUAAUCAACGUUUUGAAGAUUGUGCGUACGCGACGCUAUGAAAUUGUUUUGAUGUUUAUUUAGUUUUUUGUUAUGUCUUAAAUGCAUUGUGUUUAUUUACUAUGU